ACCAAAAGGGAAAUCUUGGCGGCGAGAAGAAUAGUACUGACUAGUGGGUGUAAGGGAAAUUUUGAGGGGUUCGUCUUGGAUCCAGAAGAAGAGGGGGCAGUGAGAAAACUGUGAAAGACUUUCCCUUUACCUCAUCUCUCUCUCUCUCUGUCUCACACACACACACUUGAAACCAUUUUUUUGUGUUACACAUUUGACUGCUUUCAUCUUUUUUAUCUGCAAGUCCCUUUUUUUUUUCUCCAGUCAAUAUAUAUAAAGGAAGGAAAUCGGUGUUGGGGGGUCUUUGGAUUUCCAUCAUGUUCAAGAAGACAUCAAGUAGAAACCAAAGAUCGAAAGGAAUCAGGAUAAAACAUGUCCUUCAGAUUUGUCUGUUACUCGGGGUUUGCUUCUGGUUAGUCUACCAAGUCAAGCGCUCACAUGAUAAGAGAAAAGAAUUUGAUGCAAAAGAUGCUACAGUCUCUGUGAAAGAACAAGCCGAUGAUUUGAUCUUAAAAUUCGGGAGGAAAGACCUACCUCGCGUGCAGGAAGCAUCUAAGAACUUCAAACACGAAGAAGAAGAGGAAGAAGAAAAUGUGAUGGAGGAUGAAAAAAAGCACGAUGAAGAACAGGAAGAAAAAACUAAGAGGCUAGAAGAAGAGGAGCAUGAAGGAGCAAUAAAACACGAAGAAGAGGAACGGGUAGAAGGAAUCAAACGUGAAGAAGAGGAGCAGGAAGAAGGAAGUAAACACGAAGAAGAGGAGGAAGAAGAAACAAACAAACAUGAAGAAGAAGAAGAGGCUGAAGAAGUGCGGAGCAAGCAUGAGGAUGAAGAGCAAGAAGCUGAAAUUAAGGAUGAAGAAGCGGAAGAUGAAGGAAAAGUAGUUGGAGAUGAUGAGGUCGAUGAAAACGAGCAAGAAAGAGCAGAUGCUGAAGUUGGUAAUGAAGAAGAAUUAAUGGACGAGGACAAAGAGAGAGAAGCCGAGGGUGAUGAUAAAGAGAACGAGGAAAAAGAGAGUCAUGAAGAAAAUGAGGAGUUAGCAAAUGAUCAGAAUGCCGAUGGAGGGGAUAGGGAUACACACGAGGCAAGAGAGGAGCAAUACAAGGGAGAUGAUGCUUCCAGUGCCGUGUCCCAUGACACACAAAUUACUACCUCAGAAACUGACAAAUUAGAAAUGGAAAAUCCUAAUGACAACUUAACAACGAAUGUUUUGGAGCAGGAGAGCAAAGCCAAUGCUACUGAGAAAACCGAUGGUGAUGAAAACAAGUCCGAAGGUAAACAAUCUGAAGGUGGUAGCUCGUCUACUGGUGAUGAAAACAAGUCAGAUUUGAAGGCCGAUGAAGGUAAACAUUCCGAAACUGGUAGUUCCUUGAACAUGACGGACGGUAAAGAAAAUGAUCACGACACUGGAUCAUCAAACUCUGAGCAUAUCUCUCCUCAAAACACAACAGACACAACCGAGCUCAUUGUCCAAGCAAGCAAUAACUCUACGGAAGAGAGUAAAGAAACCAACAACGAGGCUGCAAAAGAAAUUCCGGGUUCACUGCAAAACGGGACUUCUGCUUUAGAUACAACAGGAGGUGGUAGGGUUAUUGAAGAAAUAUAUAAAGAAAAAGCCAAUGAGACCGUAGUAGAUGCAAGCAAGAUCGAGAACGUAGUAAAUGUAACAACCGAAGGUAAAGGUUUUGAAUCUUCCACGAGCAAGGAGACUACUGAUAAUGAGAAACAAGGUGACAAUGAAUCAAAUGGAAAAGAUGAAAACGAAGACACUUCUUCCUCUAAUGAGACUGUGGAUGGAAAUCAUAACGACCCCAUUGAUACUUCCGACAAUUCGGUUUCACAAGAAGAGAAAGGUACUGAAAUAGAUUUGAGUACAUUGCCAGAUACAACAACGGAGGGGGCGGAAAAUGAAGAUAGUGUAGCUGAAUAAAAGUUCUGGUUAUAUAAAUGGUUUGUUCAGUUUUUUGUGAACUGCUUUAAAACUGGUAAUGUUUUUUUAGAGAGCUUUGUUUCUACUUUAUUUAAAUAUCAAACUAUGUUUAGAGAAUACGGUUUCUUCUUUAAAAAUCAAAAUGUGUAGACUAUUAUAUUAUGUUGUUAGUGGAUGCAAUCUGUAUAAUUUGUGGCAA